AUGCUCUGCCUGGCACUUCUCACAGCUGCGGCCGCAGUCUCGGCUCGCGUGCUCGACAGCGUCCCAGCCGUUCCUCAGGGAUGGACCAAGGCCUCAGAUGCCCUCCCUACUGACAAGCUCGCUCUCAAGAUCGCCCUGAAACAGCAACAUGCCGCUGCUCUCGAGCAGGCUGUCCUGGCCGUCUCCUCCCCAGGCCACGCCGACUACGGCAAGCAUCUGACCCGCGACGAGCUUCGCUCAUACGUGGCUCCAACCGAGCAGUCCGUCUCCGACGUGACCGCCUGGCUCGCCAAGUACGAUGUUGUCCCUGCCGUGGACAACGACUGGAUGACGAUCACCACCGACGUCAAGACUGCAAAUGCCAUGCUGGAUGCCGACUUCAGCUGGUACGAGUACGAGAAGGGCGGCGGCCUCAAGCUGCGCACCCUCAGCUACGCAGUCCCAGAUGAGGUCGCCCAGCACGUUGACCUCAUCCAGCCCACCACGCGGUUCGGCCAGCUCGGCUCUAAGAGGUCGACCAUCUUCGACAUUGUGAUCGUCGAGGAGGACGACAACGUGGCCGCCCUCAAUGAGAAUGUUGCCGCAUCUCCUGCCGCCGCCGCCGCCGCCUGCACUACCACUGUCACUCCCCAGUGCCUCAAGUCCCAGUACAACAUCGCCUACACGCCUCCGACUGACGGCAACCUGAUUGCAUUUGCGUCAUACUUGGAGGAGUACGCGCGGUACGCCGACCUCGAGACAUUCGAGACUCAGGUUCUCCCUGAGGCUGCCGGCCAGAACUUCUCCGUCACGACCAUUAACGGCGGUCUCAACGACCAGACCAGCACUGACGACUCUGGCGAGGCAAACUUGGACCUGCAGUACGUCCUGGGAGUGAGCCAGCCGAUUCCCAUCCUGGAGUACAGCACGGGCGGCCGAGGACCUCUCAUCCCGACCCUCGACAACGGGUUCCCCAGCACAAACGAGCCCUACCUGGAAUUCCUCACCUACGUCCUGGCCCAGGACGACGCCGCCCUGCCCCAGACGCUCACCACCUCCUACGGCGAGGAGGAGCAGUCCGUGCCGGAGGAGUACGCCCUGAAGGUGUGCAACCUGUUCAUGCAGCUCGGCGCGCGCGGCGUGUCCGUCCUCUUCAGCAGCGGCGACUCCGGCCCGGGCGGCUCGUGCAAGUCCAACGCCGACAACACCACCACCACCUUCCUGCCGACCUUCCCCGCCGGCUGCCCGUACGUGACGGCCGUGGGCGCGACCACCGGCUCCGCCCCCGAGCGCGCCGUCUCCUUCUCCUCCGGCGGCUUCAGCAUCUACCACGCCCAGCCCGAGUGGCAGGCCGACGCCGUCCCCGCGUACCUGAGCUCCAUCGGCAGCACGUACGCCGGCCUGUUCAACGCCUCCGGCCGCGGUAUCCCCGACGUGGCGGCGCAGGGCCAGUCGUUCGUCGUCUACGACAAGGGCCGCCGCUCCCUGCUGUCUGGCACCUCGGCGUCGUCCCCUGCCUUCGCUGGUGUCGUCGCCCUGCUCAACGCCGCGCGUAAGUCCCAGGGCAGCGCGCCGCUCGGCUUCCUCAACCCCUGGCUGUACAACAACUCGGCGGCGCUCCUGGACAUCACGGCUGGGUACUCCAGCGGUUGCCAGGGCGCCGGUGGUGGUCUCCCUGCGUCCGGCGCGAGGUGGAACGCUACGGCUGGCUGGGACCCUGUUACUGGGCUUGGCACGCCGCUCUUUGACAAGCUGCUGGCUGUUGCUGCACCUGGGGUCGCCAACGCGUAG